GAGGAAGAGGAAAGGGAGAUGAAAGAAGAGGAAGAAAGAAAAAGAAAAGAGGAGGAAAGGAAGAUAAAAGAGGAGAGAGAAAGGAAGAUUGAAGAGGAAGAGGAAAGAAAGAUAAAAGAGGAAGAGGAAAGGAAGAUGAAAGAGGAAGAAAGAAAGAUUAAAGAGGAGGAAAGAAAGGUUAAAGAGGAGAGAGAAAGAAAGAUGAAAGAGGAAGAGGAAAGGAAGAUGAAAGAGAAAAAGGAAAGGAGGAUGAGAGAAAUAGAGAAAAGAAUGGUUAAAGGAAAAGGAGAAAGGAAGAUCAUGAAUCUGGAAGAAAUGAAUAGAAAAUCUCAGAAAGAUAAAGGGAAAAUGUAUGAACAGAAGAGAGAAGGACAGGAACAAAAUAAGUCAUGCAAUAACACAGAGGAAAAGCAAUGUGAAUCAAAGUCAGAAGAAGGGAAGAGAAAGAACAGGGAGACAGAAAUCAAGCAACAGGAAAAGCAAAAGAGAGUCUCCGGUGUAAGUCUGUCUGAUAUAAAGAAUAGUACCAGUGAAAGAGAGAGUGACAUUGGAGCUUCACAUAGCAAAAACCAAGAGAAAAUUGUCUUCAGCUGGGGCCCAAAGAGGAGACAAUGGAGAAAAUACAUAAAAUUUCACAGAAUGAGUAGACUUACCAAAGUUGUUCCUGAUCCUCUUGGCUCUUUGCACCACUCAGUGUUUGCCAUAGAGUGCCGUGUGAACCAGGGAAGUGCACAGGAGCAGACAAACAGGAGUACAACAAAUGGAUGGUUAGUAAGAGAUCCACCUCGGGAAACCUCACAGGUGCAGAAUAAUGGAGCAAGAGACUCCAUAACAGAAGAAGUUUCUACAAGAACAAGAAAGACACUGCCAAGAGAGCAAAAUAUCAAGGAAAAGAUAAGGAGACAGUUAUGGGAUGAGCAAACAUGUAGAGGGAGAAAAACUGUGGCAAGGAGGAAUAAGAGGAUCAGCAAGAUAAGAGAUGGUAGCAGUAGCAGCAGCAGCAGAAACAGAGACAAGAGCAGCAGUAGAAACAGCAGCAGAAACAGAGACAAGAGCAGCAGCAAAAACAGAGACAACAGCAGCAGUAGAAACAGCAGCAGAAACAGAGACAAGAGCAGCAGCAGAAACAGAGACAAGAGCAGUAGAAGAAGCAGAGACAAGAGUAGCAGUAACAGUAGCAGAAGCAGAAGCAGAAGCAAUAUUAGAAACAGAGACAAGAGAUACGGAAGCAGCAGCAGUAGAACUAGCAUUAGAAACAGACACAGGAUAUAUGAAAGCAGCAGCAGCAGCAGCAGCAGAAGCAGAAGCAGAAGCAACAUUAGAAACAGAGACAAGAGAUAUGGAAGCAGCAGCAGUAGAACUAGCAUUAGAAACAGACACAGGAGAUAUGAAAGCAGCAGCAGCAGAAGCAGAAGCAGAAGCAGCAUUAGAAGUAGAGACAGGAGCUAUGGCAGCAGCUGCAUCGAUAGCAGGAGCUGUAGUAGAAACAGAAGCAGGAGCAGCAGCAGAAUUAGAGACAGGAGUAACAGUAGCAGCAGCAGUAGAAACAGGAAGAGGAAUAACAACAGCAGCAAUAAAAACCGAGACAGCAGCAGCAGCAGUAAAAAUAAAGACAGAAGCAAAACCAGUGACAACAGCAGCAGCAGAAGUAGCAUUAGAAACAAAAGUAGGAGCAACAGCAGGAAUAGCAAUAGAAGCAGAGACAGGAGUAGCAGCAUAAGCAGCAGUAGCAGCAACUGUGCAAGGGAGACUGUGUGUACUUUUCCAAGAGAGGUGAAGAGUGGAGACAGAGCACCUCAACAAACCUGUGGCAGUACGAAAAGUGCAAAGACUGGAAAUCUCAGUACACUUGCAAAGUCCAGAAUCUCCAAAGCUGAUUUAUUUGGCACAGACAGUGACAGUAGUGGCAGCUCAGAAGAGAAGAGAAAAGAACAGGUAAAGAAGAGCAGGAAGGGCAAGGAAGAUAAGCAGCAGCAACAGCCACCAAUGUCUCUCUGCAAUAAAGGAAAGAACUUUAGGUCAGCUUCACUAAUUGUUAGAAAAGCUGGUGGAAAAUGGAAAUCUGUUAAACAGCCACAAUUCAGAAGAUCCAGGAGGCUUUCUUCUAGUUAUUCUUCACUGCCUGCCUGUUUAGAAGAGAAGCUCACUAAUCGAAGAAGAGAUCAUUCCUCGGAUCCAGAAACUGACUUGACAACCUCUGAUUCAAGUGUGACUCAUCGCCGUGUCAGUAGCAAGUGUCAACGCAUGGUGAUAGGGAGUGAGGAUGAGGAUUCUCAGGAUGACAGGAUUCCUGGUGUUCAUCUAAGGAGACAGAGAAAGACAAGGAUGGAUGGUCAAAUAAGUGAUUCUAAUAAUGAUAACCACAAUUCCCCAGCAAAACAAAAAAGGACUUCUCACCUCACUCCAAAUCCUCACAAUGCCUGCAGAGUGACCCAGAAUAAGAAACAGAUACCAGUGGAUGAGGAGUUACCUGAGCCUCAUUCCAAAUCCACACCAUCCAUCUCUUCCCUGACACUUAAAGGAAAAGCAUCAAAAACUCUUAUUGCACAACAGAGGAAAUACACUCCAGCAGCAAAAGAAAGAGAACAUCAGGGGAUAUCAAGUGAUUGCAGGAAACUUUCUUCAUUUUCAUCAAAACAACAACAAAAGAUAAAACCAUCAAUCCUCAAGAUACAUCAGACAUCUGCAUCAAUCCCAGAGGUGUCAACAUCAUUGCAGAGCACCAGGAAAAGAGAAAAGAGCCUAGACUGUAUUAAGCAAGACCAAUCAAGAAACUCUAUUAAAUCAGAGGAAGACCCCAUGAGAGAGAAGUCCAUGAUAACCUCUUCUCUCAGCAAGGAAAGUAAGCAUACCAUAUUGCUAGAAAAUCCCUCGCAUCCCUUCAGGAAAUGGAAGAGAAACAGUUUGUCAUGGGAUCCAAGUUCUCGGCAACAGAAAUAUCACAAGUUGAGUGAUUCCUGUGACAUGAGUGAUAAUUUGGAUGAAACUGACAGAGUGGAUGAUAAUAAAGAUAGUUUGGUGCUAUCGCAAAUCAAUAGUGAUACUAGUAUGCAAUCCCAUGAUGGUGAUGCUUUAAUGAUGUCUGGAGAUGAAAGUGAGACUCAGGUGAUGUCAGAAAGCCAUGAUCCAGACAUUUAUAAUGGCUUGAUACUAUCCAGAAGUGACAGUGAUAGUGAAGAUGGGAUGGUGAUAGAGGAAAACACAAGCAACUCCAUUGGUUCUAGUAAAGACAGUGUACCACAGUUUAGUGAGAGCAUCCCAGAGACACAAGUAGCUGCUACAAAUAGAUCUCAAGAAGGUCAGGUGAUGCGGUCGUCACAUCUGGGACCUGUAGCCCUCAUUGACCAGCCUAAAUUUAGGAAAAAACCUGCACCAUCUCCCAUGCCAACCACUAUGCGGACCUCAAUUCCUGCUGGACCUGAGUAUAUUGAAAAGUUGUUCUCAAGUUUAAAUCAGAAGGUUGAGAGGAGCUUAGCUGGCUUAACCCAGAACAAUCACUCCACAUAUCCUCAUGGAACUAACACUUCAGAGGCUGCAGGAACUGCUAGUCUUAAUCAACCUGUAAGGGGGAUAGACUACCAGGGUCAGUUUCCUGUAUUUCUUCCAAAUAUAUAUGGCACAUUACAAUCUGCACCAGCUAUUGAGAAACCAAAGCCUAUGUCAGGCACCAAUCCUUCCCACUGUACACCUCACCAUUCAAGGGAGGCACCUCACUCAGCUCUGCCUAUUUCUAGUCAUGCUUUCUCCUCGACUGAACAAAUUCAGCCAAAUUCCACAUCCAACAAGUCCCACCCAGUAGGUUAUAAACACACCACAGAUGGAACAUCACAGGUGGCACCUCUGCAGCCUCUGCCAAGUCAUAGCCAGAAUCUACAGUGUUCAGAUGCCUCUCCUGUACUGAAGUGUAAUCUUCAGCAGAUGCCAUGGUUGCCAGAAAUUAGGCUGGAGGAAGUCACAAGUGGCCAGCAACAGAAGACUCUAGCAAUUGAAGAGCUGGAGGAGGCCCUGGAGGAGAUUCUGGCCACCCGCCUUGGCAGCAAGUGGUGGGUGGCAGGACUGCAGCAGCUUUGUGCUUCCAUCAACACCAAAAUCCUUCCUUACUUUCUCAGAUUAGUGUUGAAAUGCAUCAUGUGUGCAGACCCACGGGAUCCUCAUACGAAACCUAAGAGUUUGCCGCCAAAGCUGUACCAACUAUUUCAGGUGGUUUUCGUAAUAGAGCAACGACUCACACCUCACUAUCCACGCAGCCUCCACAAUGCUUUACUCAGAGCCAUUCAAGCCAUUGUAUCCAAGCCAGACUUCAAGAUCACGCCCCAAACACUGGCCAGCCUUACAACAUGGUACAUUGCUUCAACCUCCAUUGAUGGCCAGGCCAAGAAAGGCCAGAAGUGGAGGAGGGCCAGAACCUUCCUGAUGGACUUGCUAUUCCAUCACCCCAACACUGUUCACCUGGCCCUACUGACAGGAGCCACCGCUUCUCGAGGAGUAUUUUGCAAGAACAUUAAAAACAGAGUGACAUCAGGGCUGGAGCUGGUGAUAGUCUGGUUGGCCCAUUAUGGGGCAUGGGUUGGGGAGCCAGGAGUGCGUUCAGACCUCACCAAAUGGCUGGAACAACACUGCAACAUGAAGAAGCCUCCACGAAAUCCAGCUCCCCUUAUAAAGAAUUUAGUCACAUUAUUAGAUCCAGUGAAGAAGAGGGAUUUAAGAUGGGGAGCAGCCACCAGUCUAGUAGUGUUGGCAAGGUGGCAUAGCCGGGCAUGGGCACGUAAACACUUGCUGCCGCCCCUCUUGACUGCUGCAGGGGAAAUCAGUAUGGCUGUUUCCCAUCAGGAGAAAAGCUGUGAUGCAGAUUCAAAGUUGAUUGAGGAUUUCAGUAUCAAGAUUUCUCACCUAUUCAGUAACCUCAGCCAAGCACUGCCACGUGGACCACAGGAAAAGGAUAAUGAUGAUGUUGUGGAGAAGCUGAAAGACGCAGUAACGUUAAUAUUUUGCUCAUCUCACCACACUAAUGACCUGCAGACAUAAAAAGAUGGACUUAUCUCUAUAGAGUUUAUUGUAAAAAGUGAGUACAAAUUAUGAGUAUGUGUUGGUGUCAUACUUCUCACACUGCAUCAGGUGAGAGAUUUUAUCAAUGUGCAGUUCAUAUUAUAAUUGAACAUUAUGCAGUUAUAUAAUGAUCAGCCUUUGUAACAAGGAAGAAUUGUUGUUACCCUAAUGCUCAGUGUACCACUGAAAUAUUAUUCUCUAAUUUUUAUUAUGAUUUAGAAUUAUUGCAAUUUUAAAUGUAAUAACAAGAAUAAUUCAGUGACUACUUGUCUUGUACUAACAAAAGGUCAAGAUGAAGUGUUACAAGGAAAAAUUCUUUCAUAAUGUUUCCAUCACACUUGUGACUGCUUCACCUCUCAUCUUCCCAUUUCCCCUGUGACUUCUCUGUUCUACUUUUGAUUUUCCUAUAUCCUGGCACAUCAGCCUGGCUGGCAUUACUCCUGCAGAAUACUGAUUCUACUUGUUGCAAAUAUGUAACACACAUUAAUUUGUUUUGUGCUUUACUAUUGCAUCUUGUGUGCUGUCAGAACCAUAUCAUUACAAUGUAAAUCAGUGAUACUAAGAGCACUUGCUUUGUAUUGCAUAUCUUCCAUACUUUUUCACAAUGAUGACAUUUUAAAGAAAAGUUGUCCUCACACUAUGGUCAUGUCUCUCGGAGAUGUGCAGUUACCAAAAUCUUCCCUUGUGAUAUCUUUUUGCACCAAAAUGACUGACAGUAUAUCUCAAAUUAGUUGUAAACUUCAUAGAUAGGUGGAUUCUUAAUUCACAUUGCACAUAUGUACAUAUUCAUCCAAUAUUUAUUAAAACACAGUCCAUAAGAGGGAAAAUAGAAGAUUGGUACUUUAAAAUAUAAACUCACAAAACUGGACCACAUAAUAGUAUCAGCUGUAAGAAUGCAAGUACGUGUUUGAAAUCAUAUAAUACUUAUAUACAAAAGAAUAAACUAUAAAGGAUUAGAUCUUAAGGAAAGCGUUGCAGUCAUAUAAGGUUAAAGGUACACUCUUAAUCCAGUAAUUACUAAUCAGUACAUGCAGUGAUAUCAAGUUGUCAACUCCCUUCUGAAAAUAACCAGUAAUAUGUACAUACAACAUCAAGCAGAAACAUUGAAUUUUUUAUUGUUCAUAUUUUUUUUUAGAUGUAGCAUUUUAUAUUAUUGGUGUUGAUUGUGUUUUUGUUACCUUUUCUAAAAUGGAUUUUAGCUUCCUCUUGUGGUGUGUGUGUGUGUGUGUGUGUGUGUGUGUGUGUGUGUGUGUGUGUGUGUGUGUGUG